AUGGCAUACCCUGGGAGCAGACAGAAAAGAACUACCAAAGUUGAGUUCCACAAUUGUUUACGGGAAUGGAAAGAUGGCGUCGAUACGGAACGAGCCCAGUGGGUAGGACAGGAAAUCACACGCAGACGUGAAAGGCUGUCAAAUAUACUGACAGGCCAGGAUGCUGUUGCGACGGACGCUAUUGAAGCGUUGAGGCUGUACCUAGAAAUGCCUGUACAAGAACUAAUUGAUAUGGCGCAGGGCGAGUCAAAUGCAAGAUUUUACUGGCUGAACAUAAUCGGUGUGGAAUAUACUAUUAGAUACGAUGAUGCUCAAUUUGAUCGAGCGUCAAUGAUGAUGAAGACGGCUUUGUGGCUAAGGCAACGUGGUCUUGUUAUCCUCGCUGACCCGGAAAGUGUGCUCUGGGCUGCAGGUGUAUUUGACUGCAUACAAGAAAUGGAUUUGCCGUUCAGAUCUCCUGACUUGUAUGUAAAAGACAUAAGAGCCUUGUCAUCGCAGUGUUCCGCCGAAGCUCUGUUUCUUAAAGUACGAGAAAACCGAGAGUUCCUAUCACCAGAUAGCUGCUUGGACACCGCCAUUCUUGCUGCAGAGAAGUUCCAAGAAUCGACAGAGCUAAUUAAUACACAGAACAAAGGUGGUAAAAAAUGGAAGACUUUCGUUCAUUUCAAAUAUCAUCUUUGCAGCGCUUACGCGCGGACACUUCAAUCGUUGACAUUUUCACAAGCCAACAGGACCAAAGAGAGUGUGGCAUCCUUGCUAGAAGGAAGAGAUCACAUGGAAAGGGCAAAAGAGGAAUCCGAGGAUUUCGACCGAUGUGACCCCGAGUCUUCAGUGUAUCUGUCGAAAAGUGAAGAGUUUCGAAGAAUUGAAUUUUUAGUUGAGAAGAGAGCGUCCGAAUGUGAAAAAGACUACAAUAAAAGCAUUGAUCAGUUACCGCCAAUGGUGCAACUUCUUCCCUUGGACACGAGUUCGAGCACAGGCACUCUGGACAAAAGAUUAUUCAGACUACCUGCAGUACAAGUUGACACGUGGCUAAACUCGCCUGAAAACGAAAGAACAGGUCGAUGUUCUCCAUGCUGUGCACCCUGCACAAACUGCUUACAGGCAGCAUCAAGUCGGCUGUCAUUGUUACCAUGGAGAUUUGCCAAAUGGGUAGUUGGAAAAUCAAACGACGAGGAAGAGGAUGAGGAAAGAAGAAUGAUUGCCCUUGCGGAUAAACCAGAGUAUGGUUCACGAUGA